AUGAGAGCAAGAUGCCCAACACGGGAAAACCCUCGCAAGAUUGCCAUUUGUGUCGAGCACGCCGCGUCAAGCGCCUCAGACCUCGUGUUCCGAGUCGACAACGCCGCCACCCUCGAGCAGCGAAAGAGGAAGCAGAAGAAGAGGCAGCCCUCGCAGCAAAAGCCAUCACCCCGUUCCCCGGGAAGCAGUUCCCCUUCCUCCUCCUCGUCUGGACGAAGCACCCCGCCGAGCAACACCCCUGAACCCUCCGCUGCUCUUCCCGGCACCGAAACAGCGGUCACUGUACUCCGCCGCCAACCCCCUCCCGCCUCCCCUACGAUUGUCUUACCCCCAGCGACAACCCCUCGCCGGCCCCAUCUUCCAAAUCUUCUCCGAAAAGCGCCCCGACGGAUCCCGCUCCAUCGAAAAGUUCAACUGGCUGCAUGCCCUGCUGCACGACGCGCGCGAGGCCUCGUGCCUGGCCCAGACCGCGGACCUGUUCGUGGCGCUGCAGGGGGUCUCGUGCGGGACGCGCAGCCGGUGCGGUGCGAGGAUGCGGAUGUGGUUUACUGCCGGAGCGUGAUGGCGGUGAGGAAUGCGCUGAGCGAUGAGGGUAAGCGGCGGGAGGAUGAGACGCUUGUUGCUGUUUGGCUCUUGAGUCUGUAUGAGGUUACCCGCGGCACACCGGAUCCGCAAGGCGGCCCCACCCCCGCCGCCUGGGAGAUCCACACCGACGGCAUCCUCGGCAUCCUCCGAGCCCGCGGCCCGCACCAACUCGCCACCGAGCAGGGCCGCCGCAUCUUCUGGGCCAUGUUUACGCUCGUGCAGACGCGCGCCCUCGUUGCCCACGCCGAGAACCCUCCCGAGGCACGCGCCUGGCUGCGCCUUCUAGCAGACGCUGCGCCGGCGUCGCCUACCGAUCGGUGCCGCGUGGUCGUGUCGACGUAUAUUAUGGACGUGUGCGCCGUGACUGCUCGCAUCAUGCGCAUCGUUCGUGAGGGGGACGCGGGGGUGCCUGCCUCGGCGCUGGCAGAUCUCUUUGUCGAGGUUGCUCGUGUGGAGGAUGCUUUUGCGAACCAUCCUGAAGUGUCCGCCGCCCUCGCGCCUGAGCUCUCGCCUGCCGAUAGCUCUUCCAAAGCAGCGCGGUUCAAGCUGCACUACUGCGUCGUGCGCGCUACGGGCCUAGCUCUAGGUAUGCCCGUGCCGCCCGGCAUGUCCAAUCCGCCCAUGGUGCACGCGUACGAUCGCUAUCAAAUCGAGCUACGGCGCCUCGCGAGCUUCCAGGUCAUGACCGAGGUGGCUGCCGAGAUUCUCGCGUCGGCCGAGGCCCUCAUCGGACCGCUCGAGUCGCGGGCGCAGCCUGGCGUCGUGAUGAUUGGCUCGUGGGUGUAUGGGAUGCGGAUGCUGCUACCUCUGAUCUUUGUCGGGACGUUUUGUAAGGAGUUCUCGCCUGAUCAGUCGCGGCGGGCGAAUCAGUACUUGGUGCGCAUUGCGAGGUAUAUGGGCAUACGGGAGGCCGUGAAGAGGAUUCCGCAAGAUUCGUGA